AUGGAACCAAUUGAUGACUUGCUUUUUGAGCUAGCUGACGCGUUCAAAACUCAGAAGGAGGAUCUUCUUGAGCUGGUAACAUUGAUUGAUAUAUAUGGUGAGCAAGUUGACCAAGAGGGAAGCUAUGAAGAAAAGACCAAAUUUGUUGAAACUUUGACCACAUUGUUAGAGGAUAAUCCGAGUAUUACCGGUGAAAUCGGUUGGGAUUUGCCAAAAGGAUUAUUGAAGUUCUUGUCAAAAGAUAAUGUCGAUGUAAAUAAAAGAUUAGGUACGAAUAUGAUUGUACAAGGUGUAAUGAAGUGUUUUUACGCUAUCUCCAUCCAUGGCGAGCCUAAAAAAUGUCUAGUUACCGGGCUGGAGUUACUUUCAUACAUUUCUGUGCAAGAUUUUUCCAAGAGUGGUCAACAGAAUAAGGAAGACUUUGUUAACGAAAAGACCAAUACGUUGGCCUCUGAAGAAGUAAUUGAGAAUUUUUCUAAUCCAUACUAUGGGGAAAGGAAGGUUUCAAGUGAAUUCUUUUUGAAGUUGAAAUCCUACAUUUUAUUUGAAUUCAUAGGGGCAAGUCUCAAAAGAAUUUCUACUUUGUUUCCUUCAAAAUAUUUGGGAGCUGCCGUGACAACAGUUGAGAAAUUCGUGUAUAGCCAUGCAGACACUUUUGAAGAUGCUCUUUUCCUUCUUCGUAGGGUGUACACAUUCUGCAGAAACUAUAUCCCCCCCGACCCACCAAAAGACAUACAAUUGAACGAAGACUUUACUCAAGAGAUGUUUGAUAAAGUUGUAGAGGAAGAAAGUGAAAUACAAGUCAGGCUGUUGCGUAGGCUCUGUACUUUUGGGAUUUCAACGCCUAUUAAGACUAUUGCUACUAACACCGACGUAAAAUACUAUUGCGCGCUAAAUCAUCAAAAGUUUGAAUUAUCGACAUAUUAUACUGAAUAUCUUGAGUUAUUUUCCAGGUAUUACCAAAUGGCGUUUUCGCUUGAUGUUGAUAUAGAAGAGGAAUUCCAGAGUGUGAUAAAAGAAUGCAGGAUUAUUUACAAGUCUGUACCUCAGGAGACUUCUGCUGUUAACGAUGAGGCAAAAUUGGUUUUGGAAAGAAUGGUGUAUAAACUGGCUUAUACGUUUGAAGUACAAAAAGCCGCAAAAGAAAGAAAUGUUGGCUUGGACUUUAAUGGCGUUAUAUUGUUCUCUGGUAUCAACUAUUUGGAAACCAAUCAACAUUUAGUAAAAAAAAUGAAUAUAACUGAUGCUAUUUAUCUCUACUUGAGAUUCACAACACCAUCAUUAUUUUCCAAAGUUUACUCUAACGUAGCAGUUGAAUCAGUUAGUCGUUACUGGCUAUGGUAUGCUAUUACAACCGAGCCCUUGGAGGAUGUAAAAACAGAAUUGAAGAAUCUUUCAGUGUUCGUUACGAAAACAUUAUUACAUGUUCUACUUCAAAAGAAUUGUGUUCAAGUCAAUCAUCAGUUAAGAAUGAUAACCUUCACUCUUCUAACCAGAUUACUAUGUUUGGUUCCUGAAAAAAUUGCAUUUGACUUUAUCCUUGAUGUGCUUAAGACAUGCCCUCUUGCAUUGGCUAAGACGUCCGUAUUGUGUGUUCUUAAAGACCUUUCAAGGCAGCGCAUUUCUACGACAGAUGACAAUUCUGAGACGAAAUUAAUUAGUGAAAAAUUAUCAAAACUGGGGAUUAAUGAUGAUAACAAGUCUCAGCAAAGUAACAUUAGAUACUAUAUUCAAUUAGAUUCUUCCAGAAUGAAAGCUAUUCAUGAUUGCUGUCUGCAGACUAUCCAAGAUUCAUUUACGGGGGAUGCUAAGAAGAGCGAUAUUUUAUUACUGCUGACUUACUUGAAUAUUUUCAUCGUGUUAAGAAAAACAUGGGAUGAAGAUCUACUGAAGAUUGUUUAUUCAAAAAUUGAUUCUAAUUUGAAAUCAGUUGGACCUGAUAAGCUUCCGAAUUACAAGGAAAUUUUGGAUAAAAAUGAAUCUUUAAAUGAUUAUUUGAUUGAUAUAAAAUGA